AUGUUACCAAACGGAACCGAAUUAAAUAGUCUACUAUACGCAGAUGACCUAGUAAUACUCUCCCGAUCAAAAUCAGGUCUUCAAAAUUGCCUUGAUCAACUCCAUGAAUGGUGUGAAAAUUGGUUAUUGCAGAUAAAUACUAAAAAGACAAAGAUUAUGAUUUUUCAAAAACGUAACUCCAGCCAACCGACCAAGAUACAAUUUCACAUUGGAGACAAAAAAAUAGAUACAACUAAGGAAUACAAUUACCUUGGCCUCAAAAUAUCACAAAACGGAAAAUUCAAACUUGCUCAGCAACAACUGGGUGAAAAAGCUCUUCAUGCACUUUAUAAAAUCCGAAAAAACAUUGACUUUCGCAAACUAACACCAAAACUUGCAAUGAAGAUUUUUGACUCGAUCAUUUCCCCCAUAUUACUGUACAACUCGGAAAUUUGGGGUGCUUACGAAAAAAACGACUAUAAUAAAUGGGAGAACUCAGAAAUCGAAAGAGUUCAUCUAAGAUUCUGCAAGUUAUAUUUGGGUGUAAACAGAAAAGCAACAAAUGUGGCUUGCAGGGGAGAACUUGGUAAAUUCCCUCUCCUCUUAACAAUCAAGAAAAACAUAAUUAAUUAUUUUAAACAUAUCUACCAGCUACCCGAAAACUCAAUUGCGAAACAAAGCUUAAACAUAUCCAAAGAUCUUUAUACCAACCAUAAAGAAUCAUAUUACUCAAAAACAGUUAAUCUACAGAAACCUUACUACCCAAACGAAUUAAAUAUUGAACUAGCUAUCUUAAACUAUGACACUACGACAGUUGUAAACAAAAUGAAAGAAAAAUACAUCAAAUUCUGGAAACAUAAAAUAACGAACUCCUCAAAACUAACAUUUCUAUCCACUUUCAAAACCGAAUACAAAGUUGAACCAUACCUAUCCAUCAUUAAAAAUCCAACAACAAGAAGAACAUUUACGCAAUUUCGAAUAAGCAACCACAAACUACAAAUUGAAUACGGGAGAUACCAAAAUAUCCCUCGUGAAGAACGCACCUGCAAACUGUGCAAUUCUGGCGAAAUAGAAGAUGAAUUUCACUUCAGUCUUGCAUGCCAAAAAUACAAUCAACUUCGAGACAACUCAGAUCCGAUUUUGAAAACAAUAUUUGAUCUGAAUGUAACAAAUGAAA